UAUUCACAGAAAACAAUUAAAGUUGUUCUUUCUUUCAAUCAAACAAUGGCUUCUGUUAAGCUUGCUUUGGCUGUCAUCUUUCUUGCUGCAUUCAUCAUAUUUCCGAUGAAGAAGGUAGAAGCAUGUUCAGGUGGCCUUUGUUCUGUAUUUGACAAGAACUUCCCUCGUUGCGAAGAGAACCCAGAUUGUCAAUGUAUCCCUUGGGGAAUAUUAUACGGAAAUUGCAUAUACCUUCCUACCAAGGAAUCUAUUGUAAAGGUGGUCGAAGAACACCCAAACCUAUGUCAAUCUCAUGUCGAAUGCACCAAAAAGGGAAGUGGGAGCUUCUGUGCUCGUUAUCCCGAUUCUAAAAAUCAUAUCGGCUGGUGUUUUACCUCUAACGCUGAAGCAGAACGCUACUUCGAGGUUGGCUCUAACCCUGCAAUAAACAACUUCUUCAAGAAUAUGAUCUCUAACUCCAAUGAAAAAGGAUUCUUGAAGAUGCCUGUAGAGAUUUCCACUUGAUAUAUCAUGCAUCAACAUACUACUUUUAAUAAAGGAAUCUUUGUUUCCAACUAAUCAGUUGGUUUUCUUAGAUAUCCAUCUGAAUUUAAAUAAGUGUAGCAUGUUCAUGAGUGUGUGACUAAUAUAUGUCAUCACUGUGUAAUAUAAAGUAAGGUUACCAUUCU